AUGGUCUCUGCUCAGGUGACCAACCUCGCCAUCAUCUUGGCCAUGAUGCAGCUGGCCAAGAAGGUGCCCUUUGACAACCCGGAUGUCCUGCUCCUGGUGCGCGGCAUUUACGUGCUGUCCAAUCUGAUCAUCCUGGGCAUCUACAUGUACACCCAGUCCAAGAUCAACCAGAAAAAGGACAUGUCCACGCUCAAGUACGUGGAGCCCGCACCCAUGGGCAGCGCCGAGGAGCCCAAGCCCGUGACGACCACCAACAUGGACUACGACAAGUCGCAGCUGCGCCAGCUGAUCCGCAGCCAGCUCAUGGGCGUCGGCAUGAUGGGCGUGAUGCACCUGUACUUCAAGUACACCAACCCGCUCCUCAUCCAGUCCAUCAUCCCGCUCAAGGGCGCCUUCGAGUCCAACCUGGUCAAGAUCCACGUCUUCGGCAAGCCCGCCACCGGCGACCUGGCGCGCCCCUUCAAGGCCGCCGCUGGCUUCAUGUCCCAGGGCGGUCCCAAGAGCGACAAGGCCUCGAUCGAGAAUGCGGAGAAGAACUGGCGGGGCGGUGUCAAGGAGGAGUAA